GGAAAUAUUAUUAGUCUGUCUUUCUCUCUCCGCCUAUCAUUUUCAAACUCUCUCUUUCAGAAAAAUGAAAAGAAAAUAAAUAAAUAAAGCAACACCAAUCAAAUCAAAAUGAAAUAUCAGCUCUACUACGCCUACUUCUCUUUUCUCCUCUUUCGAAAACCCUAACUGGCUUUCUGAUUUCUCCGCUUCGUGUAUUGGCGAUCAGCAAUUUUUUGUGAGUUUUGUUGAUUGGAUGAUGAGUUAUGGCAGGUAAGGAGAUCAAGGCGGAUCCGGAGUUCAGGGCUUCAUCGAGCUGGGAGUGCGGCCGCCAUGGCUCGGAGAUGGUGAGUGAUCAUGGUUACUUAUUUGGGAUUGAUUGUAGAGAGAGUAGCAUACUCGGCGAGUUUGGUUGGAAUAUUCCGGCGGAGUCCACCGGUUUCGUUGAUUUGGAUCGGAUCGAGCCCGAUUUGGGUGGAGGCGGCACCGAUGGUUUUGUCUCGGUGGAUUCAUCGGCUCCUGGGAGUCAUGAUGAUAUGAGUUGUAAUAUUAUGGAGCCGAUGGUGGGGGAGGAGAAAGUGGAGGCGGCUUCUGUUUCGGCUUCCCUGUCGUCAAGCUCGUCCGAGGAUCCGCCUGAGAGGCCGACUGAUUCCGCCGCCGAUGCAGGCAAUCCGCCGUCGGACACAGCGAGCAAGAGUAAGAAGAAGGUGCAAAUUAAGCGAAUUCGACAGCCACGUUUCGCAUUUGUGACUAAAAGUGAAGUUGAUCAUCUAGAAGAUGGGUACCGAUGGCGAAAAUAUGGACAGAAAGCAGUUAAAAACAGCCCAUUUCCAAGGAGCUAUUAUCGGUGUACAAACAGUAAAUGCACGGUAAAGAAAAGAGUGGAGCGCUCAUAUGAGGACCCCUCAGUUGUGAUUACUACAUAUGAAGGACAGCACUGUCACCACUCAGUUGGAUAUCCCAGACCCGCUGCUCUCAAUCUCAUUACACCUCAUCAGGUUCAGGACCCUGCAUUUGCAAGCUACUUCACACCUUCAACCAUCACACUUCAAAAUUCUGUGCACAGUACACAAUUACGGCCCCACAGUCAUCAAUUAGGCAAAGCUACUGGAGCAUCCCAUGGAGUUGAUUAUCAUCAAGGGGCAAGUUCAGAGCCUGAUCUGGUCGGCCAAGGACUACUUGGGGACAUUGUGUCGCCUGGGAUGCGAAAAGGAUAGUAGUAUAUAUCACAACGAGGUUUAAUUAUGUAGGUACAGUGUUGGGGUUCAAAAGCUGCAAGAAUCACUCACAGUCCCACAAUAGUACUAUAGCCUACUACCAUUUCAGCAAUAUGUCCCAUGAUGAUUAAGUAAUUAAUGAUUACAUGGGAAUAUCCUGUUGUAUCCUUAACUGUUAUAAUUACUUUGUGAUGAGGGCUGUAAAUAAUUCAUUGUAUCAACGUACCCUACUUGAUGGAUGUGGGAGGAAAUGCCCAAUUUCUGA